GGCCUCUUUAAACUGGUUUUGUGAAACUCAGGACAUGAUAGCCCUGCGUGGGCAGAUGAUGGGCACCAUGACGGUGGAUGUGAAGGAGAUCGAGAGCACGGAUCUGUCUCGAGUGCUGGCUGAGAUGCGCUCCGAGUACGAGAUGGCCAUCGAGAAGAACCGCCGGGAGGCCGAGAACUGGUACACCAAACAGGUGGAGAAGAAGCAGGUGGAGGUGGAGCUGAUCACAGAGACCACCGUCAGCGGCAGCUCCGAGAUCACCAGCAACCACAAACAGAGCCUGAGUCUGCAGACGCAGCUGGACACCGUGCUGAUGGAGGUAAAAACAUGUUAAGUUAUGUCCUGUUUU